CCAUGUCGCUACUAGUGCCCGACACGUCGUACUCGUCGUCAGAAGGAGAAGAUGACUUCUACGACGCGGACGACGGGGUGGAGCACACGCUGCCGGGACCUAGUGCAAGUCGGAAUUGCCCGGCAGAGGGCGCGCCCGAGCCGGACUCGGCGCCGCCCGUCGACCUGCCGCGGACGAGAGAUGGAGAGAUCGACUAUGACGCGUUAUACGAGGAGGAGUCAGACAGCGAACUCGGUUCGAUGGAGAACCAUGGGUCCGUGGUCACGCAUCUGCUCUCACAGGUCAAGAUUGGAAUGGACCUUACCAAGGUCGUCCUCCCCACAUUUAUACUAGAAAGGCGAUCGUUGCUAGAAAUGUACGCGGACUCUUUCGCACAUCCCGACCAGUUUGUCAAGAUAGUAGACCAGCCAACGCCCCGCGACCGCAUGAUCCAAGUGGUCCGGUGGUACCUCAGCUCAUACCACGCCGGCCGCAAGUCCCAAGUGGCCAAGAAACCUUACAACCCCAUCCUGGGGGAGGUCUUCCGAUGCUACUGGGACCUGGACGCUAAUGAAUCACAACCCCAAGACAAGCUACAAGAAGUCGGUGACGGGCCGGUGCCCUGGUGUACCCCUGAGCAGCUCUCAUUCGUGGCCGAACAAGUUUCACACCAUCCGCCCAUCUCUGCGUUCUACGCGGAACAUGUUAACAAACGUAUACAGUUCGAGGCGUGGGUUUGGACAAAAAGCAAGUUCCUAGGGCUGUCGAUCGGUGUCCACAACAUCGGCAAGGGUACAGUUACGCUGCUAGACACUGGCGAAGAGUAUACGCUCACCUUCCCUAACGGAUACGGCAGAUCAAUACUGACGGUUCCGUGGAUCGAGCUCGGCGGCUCAGUAUGCAUAGAGUGCGUACAAACCGGCCACAAGGCAAAUGUGGAAUUCCUCACCAAGCCCUUCUACGGAGGCAAGAAACACCGCGUGACGUGCGAAGUGUUCGCCGGGACGGAGAAGAAACCGUAUUAUACGGCGCAGGGGGAGUGGAAUACUAGGGUGGACGGACGGUGGACGGAGUCAGGGCGCGCCGAAGUCCUCUUCGAGGUAUCAAACAUGAAGCCGCGUCGUAAACGCGUCGCGCCCGUGUCGCGCCAGCAGCCGCACGAGGCGCGCCGCGUCUGGCGACACGUCACCGCCGCGCUGCGCGCGCAGGACUGCGAGCAGGCCACGCUGGCCAAGAGCAGGGUCGAGCAGGCGCAGCGGGAUCAGGCCAAACAGAGGGCGGCCAACGGGGACAAGUGGAACACGCAGCUAUUCAGCCCGGUGGGGGAGGACGCGUGGGAGUUCAACGCGCCGCUACGCAAGCGCCGCGAGCGCCGCGACGACAGCGAGCGGUAAUGUCGCCACGUCGCUGUUGCGUUGCCGCCGUGUUGCCGUCAGGUUGCCGCCGUGUUGCCAGCGCGUUGCUCGGAGACUGGGCCUGUUUCAAGGGCGUUCCACUAGUUUCGUACGAAUGAUACUCUUAA